AAACCAAUUUGGUUACCACUAAAAACAAAUUUGUCAAGUAUCCUUAACAAUAUUAUGAAACUGAGUGUACCAUCGCUGAUUACAUGCCUUCAUAGUGAGAGAAUAAAAUCAACUUUGUCAUUGUUCCCUCAGUGCUUCGCUUGAAUACAAAACAUCACUAGAUUAAACCAAAGCUAAAAAUGGCAGCAAAGUUGGCCUUCUUCUUUACGUUCUUCCUCGUAGCUGUAUAUAUUACUGAAGCUGUUAAUGUUCGCAACAAAACUGAAGCUGCGGUUAAGGAAGCCACUGAAACUGUCCAUCUCCAUACUGCCGAUAUUAAAAACCAAACUGAAAAUGCAGCAAAAGAAGUUCAUGUCCACACUUCUGACAUUAAAAAUGAAACUGAAAAAGUAGCAAAAGAAGUUGCACAAGCUGCUGAAAUCCCUAAGACUCAAACAACUGCAGCGCAAGAUAUUGAUAGUACCUUAGACAAUUUGAAAGCUGGCUUUGAAGAAUUCGUCGACAAAGUUAAGAAUAAUGACAUCGUUAAGAAAGCUACACAAGGGAUCAAAGAUCUUGGAGACACCAUUCAGCAGAAAGGGAAAGAAGCGUAUGACAAGAUAACAUCUGAAACGAAAACAAGAUAAACCGUUUCAAAUAAAUACAAAAAUAUAAAAACUAAUAUAAAAAUUGUUUAAAUUAAAUGUUUAUUUAUAUGUA